CGCUGCAAGAUGGCGGCGGGAGCCGAGCGCGGCGCGGCGCUGCCCGCGGAGCCGCCGCCGCUGAGCGCCGAGGAGGUGGCGAGGCGGCUGGCGAGCACCCGCCGCGAGCUGGGCAACCGCCGCAAGAUCCUGCUGCGGAACCUGCCGGCCGAGAGCAGCAGCCAGGAAAUCCACGACUUGUUUAAAGAUUAUGAAAUCAAGUAUUGUUAUGUGGACAGGAAUAAAAGAACAGCUUUUGUCACUCUGUUAAACGGGGAGCAGGCCCAGAGCGCCAUCAGGAGGUUCCACCAGCACUCCCUGCGUGGCAAGGAGAUCUCGGUGCAGCUGCAGCCCACGGAUGCUCUGCUGUGCAUCACCAACCUGCCCCUGUCCCUCAGCAUAGAGGAGUUUGAGGAACUGGUGCGUGCCUAUGGCAACGUGGAGAGGUGUUUCCUGGUCUACAGCGAGCUCACCGGCCAUUCCAAGGGCUAUGGCUUCGUGGAGUACAUGAAGAAGGACUCUGCUGCUAAGGCCAGGCUGGAGCUGCUGGGCAAGCAGCUGGAGGAGAGCACUCUGUUUGCCCAGUGGAUGGAUGUGAACCAGCUGACCACAAACCUCAUUCACUCCAAGUGCCUUUGUGUGGAUAAGUUACAAAAGGACUGCGCUGAUUCGAAAGAGCUGCUCCAGGCUUUCUCCCUGAAGUACAAACCUGUCUUCUGCCAGUUUGCCCAGGACGAGGACGGCGGCAGCGGCGACUUUGCCGUGCUGGAGUACGAGAGCGCGGAGCAGGCGGAGAGCGUGCGAGGGGCCAUGGACGGGGCCACCAUCCACGGCAGGAGGCUCCAGGUGUCCUUCUGUGCCCCUGGAGCCCCGGGCAGGAGCACCUUGGCAGCUCUGAUAGCAGCACAGAGGAUGAUGAGGAACAACAGGAAAGGCUUGCUUCCAGAGCCAAAUCCAGUGCAGAUCAUGAAAAGUUUUAAUAACCCAGCAAUGCUGCAGAUGCUGCUGCAGCCCCAGCUGCGUGGCCACGCUGUUAAACCUGUUCUUGGAGCAUCUGCAGGUUUACCUCACCUCAUAAAUUCAGCAGUUGGGCCACCUUUUUUGCAGUUGAAUAAAGUUCAUCAGAGCUCACUUCUGGGGAGCACCUCCAGCCUGCUGCUGCAGAGCCCUGCUCACCUGCCCCUGCCCCAGCAGCAGCUGCUGAAGAUGGAGAACAUGCAGGCAAACAGUAAACCAGGUUUGCUGGGAGAGCCUCCAACAAUGCUCCUGCAGACAGUGCUGGGCAUAGGGGUGAUGCCAGCAGUGAACUCAGGCCUGGCAACACGAGGAGAAGCUCUCAAGUCAGCAGCAGCAGCAGCAGGGAUGGGCAUGCUGCCAUUCUUCCCAAAUCAGCACAUGGUUGGACCAGCUCUUCCCGGGCCCACCGCCGCUGCAGACAAGGCCGAGGCGGUGCCGGGAGCGCCGCCCUUCCCCCAGGCCCUGCCCAGCCUCCCCGGGGCGCUGCGGGCUGCCCACGCCAAAGCUGCCGGCCACAGCAAGGGCUGCGACUCCAGCCUGGGGACUCCCUUGAAAAAACAGACUUCUCUGCUUGGGGAGCCCCCAAAAGAAAUCCGGCUGAGCACCAACCCCUACUUGAAUUUGGCAAGUGUUUUGCCUGGUAUCUGUCUGCCAGCAGCAAUUGCCAGCAAAGCCUCCAGUCCUCCACAGCAGACCAGCCUUCCCAACAACGUCGUGGAUGCUGCUGUGUCUCAGGGAACUGCACCACAACAUGCAAUGGAAAAUUAUUUCAGUUAUUCCCAGCAGCCUGGGGAGUACCCACAGGAGGCUGUCCAGCAGUGGUACCAGCAUUAUGCUCAGGCACAUCCCUCUACCCAGGCCAGAGGGGAUGGCUUGGAAAAUGAAGCCUCUGAGGAACCUGCAGGUGGAUCUUUCCCAAACUACAGCACCUGCCUGCAGGUGGUGCCUUCCUUUUUGAGUGGAGCCCAGGGAUCCCAGCCGGGCUUGCAGCCUCCUCCAGCAAAUCCCUUAAAGCAGGUGGCCCCGAAGCGCAGCUCCUCGUACCUCGUGUCCUGCCCCGAGCCCGGCCCCGCCGAGUUCCCGGGCCCCGGCGGCGCCGCGCGCUUCGCCGAGUCCUCGCUGAAGAAGAAGCGCGUGUAUUGAGCCAUGGCCCGCUGCGGGUCCCUGCCCGGCACGGCAGGCAGCUGGGAAUCCCUCUGGAUGGAUGGCUGCCUUAACUUCCCACCAGGAGCUCCUGCUGGGCGGGGUGAGUGUCCCGAGGGGAGCCGGCUCUGUCCCGGCACAGCAAGCACUAAGGUGACAGAGGCGGUGGCUGCUCUCGCUUGGAGAGGAGGGGACAGCGUUUGUCACCUGUGGGACAGAGCGCGGGGACUUGGGGAGCUGGGGCAGCUCCAGCUGAAAGCAAUAAAAACCCAGAGGAAAGAAAGCUGAUCCUUUCUCCAGUCCUCAGCCGGAGGAAGUUAAAAGAGGAAGUCUUGAUAGUAAUUAUUUUGUAUUUUUUUUAACUCAGAAUGUGGGGGUUUUUUUUCCAACUUUCCUUUUUCCAGGAUUAAGAGCUCUGCAUUUACAGCCUUUCAGUUUUUAAUAUUUCUUCUUAAUCCUGGAAUGGAGCGAUACCAAAUGGAUUCCCAGAGCCUCGGUGGUGGUCUCAGCCUGUUCAAAGGGAGAUGCUGUCCUGUGCUCCCUGGAAUAUUCCCUGGGAUUUGGAGAGCUGCUCCUUGGCCAGUGGAAUAACUUUGCUUUUAGGCUGAGAAUCCACAGCUUUCCCAUGGAGGAAGUAAUUCCCAGUGUGAGGCAGCACCCUCCUUCCACAGGUGUGGGACAGCUCUUCCUGGGCCACCCCACAUUGUUUCCCACUUUGGAGUGUGUUUUCCUUUUUUUUUUAAAGACUCUUUGUAUUUUUAGCUUAUUACCAGCUCUGCCUCGAGUUGUUCUCUGCCCUUGGAGCUGGAGAUCAGCAUUCCUUCCUUUUGCCCUCAGUGAAGGCAGAUGAGGAGCCAGCCCCAUUCCAGGGCUUUGCCCCUUGGAAUCCUGCUGCAAAUCCAUCUGGAUUGAGGUCACUGAGGCCAGGAGCCACCUCCUUCUCCCUUUUCUUUGCUAGAGAACACUGAAGCCAUUUUUCAAUACUGAUUUUUUUAAAUUAAAAGUCUUAAACUUUUGCCUUUCAAGCUUUGAGAUGUGACCAGGAUCCACAUUUUCAAAGCUUAAAAAAAUCCCAAGCAAAUUCCCUCUUCCCUCAGCUGCUGGAACUGCUCCACAAACAGGAGCCAGGGGCUUGGCUGGGAUUCUGCCUGUAUGUAUUGAUAAAUUCACUUGUAAUAUUUUGUUUCAACUGUUUGUAUAUGCAACUUUCUCAACUUGUUACACUUUUCAAUGAAAAUAAAUUGUUGGUACUUA